GCAAACGGUUUAGUUCCUCGCCGCAAACAAAACUAGUCACAACAACGUGGAGCGGAAGCCAGCAGCCCCAAAGUGAACCAGUUAACAGCCAGAGAUAUAGUCUGAGAAAGAGAGAGCUUUUGGAAGCAGGAGCAAGUUUUUCAGAGCUAAAGUGAACGUAGCUUUCGACGCGUUCGAACCACACUCGUUUGAUUCAUUGCCAGCGAGCCACUGAACCGCCUCGCAUUCCGCGAAUACCAAAAAAAAAUCCGCCGAAAUGUUGCGGACCUUUGCCAUUCUGCUGCUGAUCGUAGUGGCUGUGAACGCGAGAGCUGCACCACAGAAAACCACCGAUUCGCCGGACUAUGAAGCCACAGCGGAGGUGGACUCCUCCACCUACAUGUCCGUUGAGGAGGGCACCAUCACGGUGGACGUCGACUCAGAUGUGAUCUUGACCACCAGUCCCGAGGGGGAGGCCUUCACCGAAGCCAGUCCGAUAGUUACGACGGAGGAGCCACUUCCGGACUCGGUGGUGCAACAGCUGGAGAUGGAGCGUGCGCAGGAGGAGCAGCUCAAGAAUCCCGAAGAGACGGAAGCCGAGCUCGAAUUGGAGCCGGAGGAGGAGGAUCAGACCACAUCAACAAACACGGAGCCACCAAAGUCUAAUAGUUCAGAGAGCACCACCAAGCGAAGCUUUAAGUUCGGAGCCACCACACUGCCACCGAGUUUUAUCACAACCACCAGCAGUCUGGAGAUCACCACUAUUCUGCCACAUGGUGGAGCCACGACUCCCGCUGCGGAGACCGAGGAAACCACCGUCAAGGAGGAGGUCAAAACCAUAAGAAACUACUUCGAGCGGAAGCCCGCACAUAUGGAAGAAAUUGAACUGGACAUGGCCGAGAACCAAAUGGAAACGACCACAAAUGCCCCACUCCAUGAGAACGUGGAGCUUUCCAUGCUUGUGACUACCGACGCCGCAUUGGUGGAGGAGGAUAACAAGAAGAGAAUUGAGACUGACCAGGCGGAGUCGGUGGAAACCACAGUGGUUCCUGUUUACCAAUACGUUAGCAAUGCAGCCCCCGUCGUCACGGAGCUGCAGACCCAGUUUACUACGGUGGUGCCAAAAGUAAAGGAAGAGUUGGCCACCACUGAGGGUGCGAUUGCGGAAACUACAGAACUGCCACUAUUUUCGUCCACCACUGCAUCUCUGCCCACCACUGAGGCUGAAGAAGCCACUGAACCAGCUUCUAGCAUCAUCACUUCAACCACCGAGACUGUUCUGGUCACCAAGGUGGAAACAUUGCUGAAUGUCCAGCCAGAGACCACUACGAGUGCUUCGGACACCACAACCACUACGAGCACCACUGAUGCUCCAACUACGACGAGUACCACAAGCACCACAGAAGCUCCAACUACGACAAGUACCACCAGCACCACAGGAGCUCCAACGACAAGCACCACCAGCACCACUGAAGCUCCGACUACGACGAGUACCACCAGCACAACUGAAGCUCCAACGACAAGCACCACCAGCACCACUGAAGCUCCGACUACGACGAGUACCACCAGCACCACUGAUGCUCCAACUACGACGAGUACCACCAGCACCACCAGUGCUCCAGCCACAACCACCACAACCACCAGCACAGAACGCCCCAUUCAGACGCGAGCUCCGCGCGUGGAGCGGAUCUUCAACUCGGACGGAGUGGAGGUGCUCUACGGAUACUCGUCGGUGGUGCGGACCAACCGCUCGUGAGUGGUGGGCAGCACACGACCUUGUCAAGGUCGGACAACUUGCCAUUAUGUGGAGAUUGAUGCUCGGGUUGUUUUAGGCAAUUUUCAAUUCUAAACGAGUUAUAAACAGAAAUAUUUAAAUUUUAUGCGACGGGCCGCACAGUGUGAUAAACCAAAAAAAAAAAGAAACAAAUAACGAUGCGUAAGAAGAUAUCGAUGGCGAUACAAAUCCGCACAGACAUUAAACAAAACAAUAGUAAUAUUGUGCAAAAUUUGUGAACGGUCUGGCAAAUGACAAAAAUGAGGAAGGAGAAAAGCGUGAGAUAAGCGAUUUUAUAAAUUAUAAAUAAAACAUGAACACCCAUCUUU